UUCCAACACCGCCACGACGCGACUCACGCCUAUAACGAUAGCCCCCCUCUCUUCCCUCCCCUCUCCUCUCCUCUCCGCUUCCUAAUUCCCCUCUGCAUCCUCCUGCUCGACGAGCGUAGUUGACCCCAUAUGUGAUUGAUGGAUGAUGACCGUUCCGAUGGAUAAAGCUACUGCUUCCCCAUCAUCAAGGGAGCUUGCACAGCGGCUCUUAAAGAAGAACGCUGAACAUGAAAGUCGUCUGCGAAGGUCAGCACAGUCCAAAGUGCCAUCAGAUCCUAACAUAUGGUUUCAGAUGCGUGAGAACUAUGAAAAGAUAAUCCUUGCUGAUCAUGACUUCUCUGAAAAACGUGAGAUAGAAUAUCUUCUGUGGCAGUUGCACUACAAAAGAAUUGAGGAAUUCCGAGCUCAUAUUGUCUCUGCUGGGAAGAACAAUGCCAAUCCUGAUCGGAUCAAGAGGAUCAGAUCUUCUGUUAGAAGUUUCCUCUCAGAAGCAACUGGUUUCUAUCAUGACUUGAUGCUGAAAAUUCGGUCUACUUAUGGGCUUCCGUUGGGCUACUUCUCUGAGGGUCCUGAUAGUUCUGUUGUUCCUGAUAAAGAUGGGAAGAAAGUGGUUGGGGUGAAAAAAGGCUUGUUGUCAUGCUAUCGCUGUUUGAUAUAUUUAGGAGAUCUUACCCGAUACAAAGGUCUGUAUGGGGAUGUGGAUUAUGCAAGUCGUGAAUAUGCUGCAGCCUCUAUCUACUACAAGGAAGCAGCUUCGCUGUGCCCUUCGAAUGGCAACCCACAUCAUCAGCUUGCAAUACUGGCAUCAUAUGCUGGAGAUGAGGUAACAGCUAUCUAUAGGUACUUCCGUAGCUUAGCUGUGGAUAAUCCUUUUUCUGCAGCGAGGGAAAACUUGAUUCUCGCAUUUGACAAGUUUCAUAUGCAGAAUCAUGAUAUCUAUGCUCAGCUAUCAGGUAAUAGCAAGGUUCCCAACGCUAAGAGCUUGCCAUCCAGAUCAGUUGGUAGGGCCAGAGGAAGGGGUGAGACAAGAUUUCAGCCCAAAGGUUCUAGUACAGAAGAAAAUUCAAAGGAGCGAGAGCACAGUAUUCAAGAAAUACUGAAGGCUUUCUAUAUUCGAUUUGUUCGCCUCAAUGGAAUUCUUUUCACAAGGACAAGCUUGGAAACAUUUGGGGAGUUGUCUGCUACAGUUAUCAGCGAUUUGCAAAUUCUUCUUUCAUCUGGUCCUUACGAGGAGCUUAAUUUUGGUGUUGAGGCUGCUGAAAACGCGCUUUCUGUUGUUAAGCUUAUUGCUAUCCUUAUAUUCACAGUGCACAAUGCAAACAAAGACGCAGAUAAUCAAUCAUAUGCUGAAAUUGUGCAACGCAGAGUUCUUCUUCAAAAUGCAUUUGCUGCAGCCUUUGAAUUUGUUGGAUACCUUCUCAAAAGAUGCGCAGAGCUUCAUGAUGUUGCAUCAAGUAUCUACUUGCCAGCUAUUUUGGUCUUCAUUGAAUGGCUGGCGUGCCAUCCAGAUUUUGUGGCUAGUUCUGAGAUGGAUGAAAAGCAAGCCGAUGCAAGAUCUUUCUUCUGGAGUCAAUGCGUGCCAUUUAUGAAUAAGCUCAUUUUGACUGGUCUCGCACAUGUCGAUGGUGAUAAUGAUGAAACUUGCUUUUUUGACAUGGGCACAUAUGAGGAGGGUGAAACUGGGAACAGGCUUGCGUUGUGGGAGGAUGUUGAGUUAAGAGGGUUUUCGCCUUUGGUACCUGCUCAAGGUAUCUUGGACUUCUCCACCAAGCAAGGUUUUGGAAGUGAUGGAGGUACCAAGGAGAAAAAAGCACGUGUAGAAAGGAUUCUUGCUGCAGGGAAGGCGCUGUUAAAUUUCGUUCAAAUUGAUCAGCUGCGAAUAUAUUUUGAUGCAUCCUCAAAAAAGUUCCUUAUGGCUUCAGAACCUCCUCCUCCUGCUUCUUCUGUUCCUCUUGUUGUAUCUUCCAAUGCGCAGACAACAAAUCACAUACAACAGGAACCUGAAGUCUCCAGUAAAAUUGGUUCUGUCGCAGAAGAUCUAGGUGUGCUUCAGUCAAAGGCACAACUCUUUCUUGAUGGAGAUGAUGAUGAAGAAAUAGUUUUCAAGCCUCCAGUUUCUGAAAAGCUUCCGAGAGUUACUUCAGAACAGACUAGUAAUGAGUUAUUACAGCCAGUGGUGGUGUCUGAUGUCAAUUGGUCAAAUGAUGGUGCACCACCACCAAUGACAUUUCAGAGCAAUGGACCGGUUCUGACUCCCAAUGUUUAUGUUCAAUCUCUCCCAAUCUCUUCUCUUGGUUGGGCAGCCAAUGCUGGGCAACAUGUGAUUCUUGAUGUUGGUGCAAGGUCAACAUCUGAUAUUUUUGAGUCUCUGAAAGCACCUGAUCAUAACUGGGUAAGCACUGGUGCACCACUUGUUGGCUCACUGGAUACAGUCCCUAUGGCGAGCUUUUCCAAUAUAAUUUCGGAUCAGCGUACACCUCCAUCGUCACUCGGUUGUUUCAGUAACCCAGAUAAUACAGCCAUACUCCCUGGGCAAGAUUCAUUCUUAUUGAGUGCAUUAAACAAUGUUAACAUAGGUGCAAGUGGAUUUCUGGAUCAAAGAGUGAAUGGUGGACUCAGUGGAUUACAGUCUGUGGGAAAUGUGCCUCAGGUAUCUGCUCAAGCUACUAUGAAUAGUACAAAUCCAAUGAUUGGUCAGUAUAAACAUACUGAAGUUACCAUCCCUUCUGCCUUCUAUUCAGUUCUGCCGUCAGUAGUAUCUUCUGAUGGUGUAUCAAAGAAAAAUCCUGUCAGCCGUCCUGGAAGACAUGUUGGCCCUCCUCCAGGAUUUAACAAUGCCCCUCCAAAGCGACAGGAUGAUUCCAUUUUAGCUGGCAAUGGCCAGCAUGUUCAGACCAAUGACGGCAUCUGGUUGGAUGGCUACAGGUCAUCACUGGAUUAUGUCAAUAAUCAGCGUUUUGCACAUUCAAAUGUUACCACUGCCAGCAGUACUUUCACCACUCCCUUUCCUUUUCCUGGAAAACAAGCUUUCAGCAUGCAUCCUAGAGGUAGCGAUGAAAAACAGUGGCAGGAUUUCCACCUUUUUGGGCCCACAAAGCAACUUCCAGAACUUAAUUUUCAGCAAGGGAACCAGCAAAAUGGUCCACUGGCGGAACAAUUACCAGCACAAUCUGCAUGGUCUGGCAAUUACCUUGUGUGACUAGCUUGUACCAUGAAGGAUUUGCUGAGAAUCUGUUGGGAGUAAGUGGCGAAGAUUGACACUUGAAUUCGGCCUUGAUAAGUACAGCCCUGUCAUGUAAUGUUUCUUUUGGAAGAUGCUUGUCUUGGAAGCAUAACAAGUGCUACCCUUGGAACUGGGUAUGGCAGGUCUUCCAGGCUAUGAAGGGGAUUUUAGAUGAUCCCUUCCAUUGUCUGAUGAGAAUAUGUACGGAGAGUUCUUUAACUUCUCAGACCCAGGGUUUUGACCUAAUGAGUAAUCUGCAAUUCUGCAUACGGGCAGUUACUGAGAUGCGUCAGGUAAGUCCGUGGAUUGGUUGCUGCCGUGGAAACUGAAGCCUUCACGAACGAAUGGAUGAAAUUCUGUUUUUGGUGGUACUCUUGUCGAUCAGAGCUAUGAAUAAAGUUGGUGAUGACUGCUUCAUGCUUGUGGAUGUUCUUUCCAGCUAUAUUGUUCAUGUGGUACAUUGUUACUGCAAAGUCAUUAAAUACACUUAAGGAUAAAUCAUUAUGCAGUUGCUAUCAUAUGAUGUGCUAUGGUAGCAACGUUUCGUGUUGGUAUUUGUGUGUGAACCAAAUGUAUUAUCAGCUUGAUGAGCUGAUCUUUUAAAACGUAUUGACUUGUAAUAUGUUGUACAGAACGUCUUGCUUGUUUUAAUACCGAAUGUCGUGCUUGUUUUAAUCU